AUGGAUUUCGUCAAAGAGAUCCAAGAUAUCGUUCGUAAUCAUCUCAAAGAAAACAAUAUCAUUGUCGACGAGAUGAAGGAAGCGACUAUCAAAGACCUCGCCGAGUGCGCCCUCAGUGCUGUCAAGGACGAGCUGAAAGCAGCCGUCCUGUCCGAUCCCUCCAUCUCCUCCCGCCUCGGCCUGUUGCAUGCGACAGUCGCUGGCCAGAUCGACGCGCUUCAGGCGCACUUUAUCAAGACCAAGGACGAGCUGAUCGAAGAUGCCACCAAGGUCGCCAAGAAGGACCUCACCAAGCACGUCCUGGACACGGUUGAGAAGAUGGCCAAGGACAUCGAGGAGAUCCGCGAGGAGGUGAAGGAAGAGAUCAAGAACGAGAUCCGUACGGGUCUGAUGGAUGAACUUCGUGCGGAGCUGCGCGAGGAAUUUUAAGACGACGUCUCCCUCCCACACCGUCCAGCACCAUCUUCCUCCGGUGGAAGCAGCAAGAAGCGCGGUCGAAAGUCACGGGGUGCUUGAUUUCUCGCCACUACAUCAUACAUCACGGUUCUACGGUACGACGUUCAC